AUGGAUACCUUUCGAAUGCUCAGAAAUUGCGUGAAUCGUGAGAGUAAGAUCUGCCGGACAAAGUACUACGAAGCAAAGGUUAGCCAUUUGAGGGAGUGUAAGCCAUCCGUGUGGUGGAAAGAGGUGAAAAAGCUCAGCGGCAUGUCACCUGCCUCGGAAACGCGGGCCAACACCAGCAAAUUACUGCAACACCUAGGUUUUUCACCAGGUGUUCUGGCAAAUUACAUCAAUUCAGCGUUCCUGACCCCAAUGCAGAUUUUUGAGCCUCUUACCCACAAUCCUUUUGACCCACCACAAGCAAACAACGAAGGUCAUGCCGUAAAUAUGAUAUCGGAGUUUUCAACUUUUAUGAAACUAUCUGCGCUCAACCCCUCGAAAGCACAUGGGCCAGACGGUAUCCCGGCAUGGUUAUUAAAGGAAAACGCUGAUCUCUUGGCGGGUCCAGUCUCAGCGAUCCUCAACUCCUCGUUCCACGAAUCCCGCCUUCCGCCUUCUUGGAAAGAGGCUGACGUUGUCCUGGUGCCAAAACAAAGGCCUAUUAAUGACAUUAACAAGCACCUCCAUCCGAUUUCCCUCACGCCUAUCCUGUCUAAGCUCGCUGAAGAUCACAUUGUUGAGAAAUACGUUAAACCUGCUGUGUUACAAAGAAUCGACCCUCGACAAUUUGGAACUAUUCCCAAAUCGUCUACUACACAUGCCUUGGUCAAUAUGACGCAUGAUUGGCUUGUUAAAACCGACGGAAAUGGUGCCACGGCAAGAGUAGUCCUACUCGAUUUCCGUAAGGCCUUUGACCUUAUCGAUCACAGUGUUCUUGUUCUAAAAAAGUAA